AUGACCGCAGUUGCUUUAGCAACACGCCUACUACAAUACUCUGCACUCCUACCACACCUAAUAGACGCGGAGCCGUUUCUUCAGUUUGCGGUUACAUUGCAAGGCCGAAUAUAUCCUCCUCUAUUAGCCGCAUCGGGAGCUAUGUUUUGUAUAGGGCUAGCUUGGUUUACGUUCCUAAAGCUCCAUCUACGCAAGGGCGAGCAGCGACUCCGGCAAACAAAUCAAAAGAGCCUGCCACAACAGGCCGUAGGCCGUGCAGACCAAUACAGACAGGGCUUCCAACCGUACGUACUACGACUCAGAAAAGUGAAUAGUUACGGUCACGUGAGCCGUACAAACGUAAGAGGAUUGUCAAUCAUAACGUACAACUAA